AUGCCGUCUUCCGGUCAAACAAAUAAAAUCAUCGAGAAACUUCACCAUAUGCAUGUUCCUGUGUAUUUGUCUCUUCUAUUUAAAGCCCAGUUAGUUCCUAUCUAUCUAUCUAUCUAUCUAUCUAUCUAUCUAUCUAUCUAUCUAUCUAUCUAUCUCAGUCUAUUCAUAUCUAAGUUUCUUAAAAUCUAUCUGUCUAUAUAUCUUUUAUCACUGUAUUCAUAUCUAUCUAUCUAUCUCAGUCUAUUCUCUGUUCAUAUAUGUAUCUAUCUAUCUAUCUAUCUAUCUAUCUAUCUAUCUAUCUAUCUAAGUCUCUUAAAAUCUAUCUAUAUAUCUAUCAUUUUCAGUUUAUUUGUAUCUAUUUCAGUCCAUUUAUAUCUAUCUAUCUAUCUAUCUAUCUCUAGUGUGUCUGCAUUUACAUAUAUGGCGAACUAUCUAUCUAUCUAUCUAUCUGUCUGUAUAUCUAUCUAUUUAUCUAUCUAUCUGUCUGUCUGUAUAUCUAUCUAUCUAACUAUCUCAGUUUUUCAUGCCAUUUUUAGUCUUUUCAUAUUUAUUUCAGUCUUUUCAUAUCUAUCUAUCUAUCUCACCUUUUCAUAUCUAUCUCAGUUUUUUCAUGUCUAUUUUUCUUUUUCAUAUCUAUCUAUCUAUCUGUCUAUCUAUCUAUCUAUCUAUCUAUCUCAGUCUUUUCAUAUCUAUUUCAGUCUUUUCAUAUCUAUCUAUCUAUUACAAAGGAAUGAUCAAGAUGAAAGGGUUGGUGAUGACGAUGAUGGUGAUAGCCACGCUGGUGGUGACGAUGGCGGAAGCCGGGAAACGCAGCCGAAACACCAUUUUUAA